AUGGCAAAACACCGCAAAGAAAGAGACAGCUGGGGGUCCCUGGGUGACAAGAAUGUGUACGACUGGAGCUCAGAGGAAGAAGAGUCAGAUGGGCGGGCGCGGCCCAUCCAGGUGCUGCUGGUGAAGGACGACCACACUUUCGAGCUGGAUGAGGCGGCGCUAAGUCGCAUCCUGCUGGCAGAGGAGGUGCGCGACCGCGAGGUGGUGGCCAUCUCGGUGGCGGGGGCUUUCCGCAAGGGCAAGUCCUUCCUCAUGGACUUCAUGCUGCGCUACAUGUACAAACACGGAUCCGACGACUGGCUGGGCCAGGCUGAGGAGCCCCUGACCGGCUUCUCCUGGAGGGGCGGCUCGGAGCGGGAGACCACCGGCAUCCAGAUCUGGAGCGAGGUCUUCCUGGUGGACCGGCCUGACGGGACCAAGGUGGCGGUUUUGCUGAUGGACACGCAAGGCACCUUCGACAGCCAGUCAACGCUGCGUGACUCUGCCACUGUGUUCGCUCUGAGCACCAUGAUCAGCUCCAUGCAGGUUUAUAACAUCUCCCAGAAUGUCCAAGAAGAUGACCUUCAGCACCUGCAGCUGUUCACAGAGUAUGGCCGACUUGCAAUGGAGGAGACGUUCCUCAAACCAUUUCAGUCCAUGAUAUUCCUCAUCAGAGAUUGGAGCUUCCCGUACGAGUUUCCAUACGGGCAGGAGGGAGGCAUGAAAUUCCUGGAAAAGAGGCUCAAGAUCUCUGAGAACCAGCACGAGGAGCUGCAGAACGUCCGCAAACACAUACACUCGUGCUUUACCAACAUCUCCUGCUUCUUGAUGCCUCAUCCCGGUCUGAAGGUGGCCACCAACCCGCUCUUUGAUGGGCGGAUCAAAGAGAUUGACAACGAAUUCAUCAGCAAUCUAAAGAUCCUGGUGCCCUGGCUAUUGAGUCCUCGCAACAUUGACGUGAAGGAGAUCAACGGCAGUAAGAUCACCUGCAGAGGCCUGCUGGAGUACUUCAAGGCUUACAUCAAGAUUUACCAGGGAGAGGAGCUACCUCAUCCCAAAUCCAUGCUGCAGGCCACGGCGGAGGCCAACAAUCUGGCGGCGGUGGCCGCUGCAAAAGAUCUGUACAACAAGAAGAUGGAGGAGGUAUGCGGCGGUGACCGUCCGUUCUUGGCGCCCAGCGAGCUUCAGGCGCGCCACGCAGAUAUCCGCGAGGAGGCUCUGUUGCUGUUCCGCGGCGUCAAGAAGAUGGGCGGCGAGGAGUUCAGCCGGCGCUACCUGCAACAGCUGGCGAACGAGGUGGACCAGGUCUUCGUUCAGUACAUCAAGCACAAUGACUCCAAAAACAUUUUCCACGCCGCCCGCACACCCGCCACCCUCUUCGUGGUCAUUUUCAUCAUGUACGUGGCGGCUGGCGUGACGGGCUUCGUGGGUGUGGACGUCAUAGCCAGCCUGUGCAACAUGAUCCUGGGCCUGGCCCUCAUCACACUCUGCACCUGGGCCUACAUACGAUACUCGGGGGAGUACCGAGAGCUGGGGGCCGUCAUCGACCAGGUGGCCGGGGCGCUCUGGGACCAGGGGAGCACGAAUGAGGCGCUGCACAAGCUUUACAACGUCGCCGCCAAUCACAGGCACCUGUACCAGCACGCCUUCCCCGGGCAACAGGUUGACGACCCGGCGACGGCGGUGGCCGGGGAGCACGACAAGAAGCGGGACUGA